AUGUUUAAGCUUAGCCCUGAAGAGUGGAUAGGAUUUGAAAAGAUGGAGAUACUGGGGGGUGUGUGCCCGAAACUCUGUGCUAGCUCUCGCACUGACAGGCAGCUUCCCCACCAUGAGUGGCUGUUUUCGGCGUUUACCCCCAGGCACAAGCACACACGGCCCGCGGCGCCCGCACCUGCAGCAGCCGGUGCACGCCGCCAGCCUGGGAGCCAGCAGAGGGGCUGCGCGCGGCGCCCCGGCCGCCAUCUUGGCCGAGGAAGCCGGGAGCGCGGACUGCGGCUGCGCGGCCGUGGGCGGGCGUGGAGCUCGCCGCGACCUCCCGGUGCUCCCGCCGCCGUCUUCCCUGGCCUGUUCGCGCAGUCUCUGGGGUGGCUCGCCGGGCACCGCCUGCCCGAAGGCGUGUGGCAGAAGCCCGAGAGUGGGCCCGCCCUGCCUCCUCCCGCCGAGGGCGAGCAGGAUGGCCGGGACUCGAGCCCAGGCCCUGGCCGCCUCCCAGCGCCGACUGAUCGGACGGCCGCCUGCCCCGUGCAGUUUCGGCUUGUGGAGGACGCGGGGAGAAGAGCCUCGUCACACGCUUCCGAGACGGUGAAACGUGUCCUGGGAGACCGGAGGAUCUGCACCGCAAGAUCGCCCCCAGGGCCGCAGAACGUCCUUGCUUUCCAGCUGAAACCACGCUCACACCUUGACCAACAGGUUAAAACCUCUCGAGGGGUUGGAGGAGGCUCUGGGAAGAGAUGGCUCCAGAUUAGUUCUCUCAGUGAUAAUCACGGGCCUUAUCUACACGGAAGGACCUGGGGUGCCAACAGAGCUCGUCCAAGGAACUGUCAGGAGAACCUGGCUGGGAAAGAAUGUUAGGUUAGAAGCCGUGGGAGCUACUUUGUCAUCUGCCUGCUGUCCUUUUGAGAACCGUCCUGCAUCUGUGAGAAAACUGGAGAGGCAGCCUCAGGCUGUCCUGGCCACCUCUGAACCAUGUCUCCAUCCUCAGCCAGUCUGUGCCGUUGGCCACCCCAGGUGCUCUGAGGCUUGUUCACGACUUGUCAAAGCCUGCUGACUGGAUUGGAGACCUGCUGCAAACAGGAAGGGUCCACCUUUGUUUAUAUUCCAUUUACUCAAGAAUUUCAAGGCGGCAGCAGCAGCAGCGGGUCUGGUGACCAGUGGCUCACACUCUGGAGUCAGAGUCACCUCUGGUGAGCUCCUCCCUGACUCCUCUCCACAGAGUGAGUCAGUCAGCCCUUCUACCUUCUCCAGCCCAGCUUCCUCAUCUUCAGAACAGGGCUGUGGUGAGGAGCCUUUUGAAAAGCAUGAAGUACCACGCUUUGGUCAGCUCUCAGAAAUCCUGCUUAUCCUGUAAAGUGGCACAAAAACUGUGCAAACUUCUAAAGACCCCACAUGGAAAACAUGUAGGCCAGAGCACUAGGGUGAGAGCAAACGGCAUUUCUAGGACGUUGAGGUUCUCGCUCGGCUCUGCAGUAGAGCGUUAAGGUUUGCUGGUAUCCAGGCCUACCCUGACCAGAAGGGGCCUGGGCAUGGGAACAUUUUAAAGCCUACCCAGGUGACAUGCUGUCACCAGGCUCAAGAACGACUGCAUAAGGAAGUUGGAAAUUUGAUUUGUGAGAAAAGGCAAGGAUGCUAACCAGUGUUGACUGGCUUAUGCUGUCCACUUUCAACCCCCUGUUCCCCUGGUUCUCCCAGUGACUAAAGUUACUUUCAUCCAGUGUGAAAGGGAACAGAUUUGCAAGGUGACACACAGUAUUACUGAAAGGGAGGCCCCAGAUCAGGCUCACUGUGCUCCAUGGAGACCCCAGCCUAGGCACACUAUGCUCUGUGGAGCUCCAGCACAGGCAUACUGUGUUCCAUGGAGCCCCCAGCCUGGGCACACUGUGCUCUGUGGAGCUCCAGCUCAGGCACACUGUGUUCCAUGGAGCCCCCAGACCCGGCUCACUGUGCCGCAUAGAGCCUCCAGUUCAGGCUCACUGUGUGCAAGGGGCUCCCAGUGCAGGCUCACUGUGUGCAAGGGGCUCCCAGUGCAGGCUCACUGUGCCUCAUGGGGCUCCCAGUGCAGGCUCACUGUGCCGCAUGGAGCUCCCAGCCCUGGUACAUUAAACGGCAUGAGCCCCAGAGCACAGCAUCUACUAGAAACACACUGCAAGCUACCAAGGGAAACCACACUAUAGAGCUGCUGCAUUUAAAAAAAAAAAAGUGAAAAGAAACAAAUAAUUUUAAAUGAUGUAUUUUAUUCAGCCCAAUCUAUCCAUAACAUUACCAUUUUAACAUGGAAGACACACACACACACACACAC